UUCACUGCGUCGUGUCUGCUCCGGAACAAAAGCGCGUUAAGAAGUUAGGAAAAGAAGUUACAUUUAGUCGCCCUAAAAGUGUGCUUUUGAGUGGGCAAUAUGGAUCGACCUGCCCUGCUGCAAAAUGGAGAGAUCGCCACCAUGGAGUCUCCCACUACCAGGCUGGCCAGCAAACCCUUUCCCAAGCCCUUCUCGAUCGAAAGUCUCAUCGCCAACCAAACGCCUGCCACUGCCACACCACCAUCGCCGCCAGAGGAGCGGGAUCAGGAGCCGGAGGCGGAGCAGGAGCAGGAGCUGAGUGCGCGGGCCAUGGUGGCCAGUUCUGCUCUGGGACUCACCCAGUUUCCGCUGUAUAAUCCCUGGCUGCAUGGCUACUUCGCCCAGAACCACGAAAGAUUAACGCAUUUAAUUGCCGGCGGCUGCUACCUGCCCUCCAGUACAGCUAGUCAUCCUGUUUCACAGCAGCCACAGCCUCCUCAACCACCACCUCCACCACCACAUGCCUUGGAGAAACAGCUUCCAGCCACCGUGCCGCAUCCGCUGGAUACGCGUUUUCUGCCCUUCAAUCCCGCCGCCGCCGGAGUUGCGCCCACGGAUCUCAGCUACCGGCGAUUGGCCGAGCUCAUGAACCAGGACUACGUGCACAGUCUGAGUGUCCAUGCUCGACUGCAGCACAUGGCCGCCGCCGGCAGAAUGCACGAGGAUCAAGCGAACCCCGGCAUGGCGCAGCUCCAGGAGCCGACGCUUCCGCAGGCCCACUCCUCGCCAGCCAAGUCCGGCAGCCACAGUCCCAUGGAACCGGCUCUGGAUGUGGGCAUGGACGAGGACUUUGAGUGCAGCGGCGACUCCUGCAGUGACAUCAGCUUGACCAUGUCCCCCAGGAACUACAAUGGAGAGAUGGACAAGAGCCGCAAUGGAGCAUAUUAUAAUUCGGAUAGUGAGGAUUGCAGCGAUGAUGAAGGCGCUCAGUCCCGACAUGAAGGUGGCGGAAUGGGCGGCAAGGACUCACAGGGAAAUGGCUCCAGCUCGAACUCCAAAUCCCGUCGCCGGCGCACAGCCUUUACUUCGGAGCAGUUGCUGGAACUCGAGCGGGAGUUCCACGCCAAGAAGUAUCUUAGUCUAACGGAGCGCAGUCAAAUAGCCACUAGUCUAAAAUUAAGCGAAGUUCAGGUAAAAAUAUGGUUCCAAAAUCGACGCGCCAAAUGGAAAAGGGUUAAGGCAGGACUCACCUCGCACGGAUUGGGUCGCAAUGGCAGCACCAGCGGCACCAAGAUUGUGGUGCCCAUUCCCGUGCACGUGAACCGGUUCGCCGUGCGGUCCCAGCACCAGCAGCUGGAGAAGAUGUGCCUCAGCGGACCGAAACCGGAUCUGCGCAAAAAGCUCUCGGCGGAGGCGAUCGGAGGCUUCGAGAAAUUCAGCGGUUCCACCAACGUCUGCCCGCCAUCUGGCGGAUCCGUGGGAUUGGGAGUGGGCGUGGGAGUCGGUUUGGGGGUAUCCACGCCCCUCACCCUCGCCAGGAGCAUCUAUUGAUGGAGUUGGGCUCCUGAAGCUUGCAAGUGUAAAUACCUGUGGAGGCAGUUCGUCUGCAAAGCGAGUUUUCUUUAUGUAAAUAAACAACCGAAAAAU